GUCCUCGACCGUCGACCGUCGUGGUCGACCGCGUCGACUGCGUCGAGUCACUCGAGUCUCGGAUCUCGGGCCGUAUAAUAUUCCGUGUACUUCAUCGCCUUGGUAAUCGCAUUUUGGGUGUUCAAAUGAUAAGAAAGCUUCGCGUGGAAAUUUGAAAAGUGAGGAGCCGUAAAGAAGUGAAUUGAGAAAUAACGACGAUUGGGUUACUUUGUUACGGAAACUUUAACGGAUUGCGAUAAAGUGUAUUCUUGAAAUCGCUCGUGAAAUAUGCAGCAGGAAUUUUACACGUCUUGUAUCAAAAUAAAUGGGAUACCUCUUCUCCCACCGCUAAUGACCGACUCUAUCAAAGAAGAAAUGAGACAUUAUAAAUCUCUGGCGGUCAAAGUGGAAGAAAACCUGAGAGACAAACGACUCGUGAGACGCAUUAUUCGAGAUAAAAAACACGCACAGGCUGACGUAAUAGGGCCAGUAGAUAUGUUAAGGAGUAUCAGAUAUAGUUCAGACAGCGAUGUGUCCAGCCAUGACGUUGCGAGUGAUACCAACAAUAGUGACUCGUACUCCAAAAUGACUAUUGUCGAACCAGUGCCACAAGUCGCUGGAGAAACCAGAGACAACCACGAUAUCCAGUCCUCCAUAUCAGAUGUACCGCACUCGCAAUUUGAAGUUUGUUUAACGAACGUUAUUGUUAACGACUCGAAACCUAUAACCAUUAUGUCUGAUCAAAAUAAAUGUAUCGAUACAGUAGAGGUUGCGACGCCAAACGAAGAUGUAACGUUGUCGGAAAAUUGGAAGCCUGAAGUGCCCAGAACGCUGGAUAUAGUUCCAAUAACGUUAAGUAACGAUGAGGAAGAUACCUCUUCUUCCACAGGUAUUUCCAAAGAAAUUGAAAAUCCACCAAAGUUGUCACGUCAAGGUUCUUAUGUAUUGGAUACACCGAGCCCUAUGUUGCUCGCUCGUAUGCAUACAGAAAUGACUGACGAAAGUUACACUCCCACACCUACCACUAACGCGCCACAACGAAAACAAUGGAAUAUUGCGCAGUCUAAGGUAGAGUGGGAAAAUGAACAAUUUAGGACAGAAGAUGUUGAAGCUUCAAGCAAAUUAGAAUGUACAGGGAAAGAAUCAAUUUCCGAGCAUGGAAAACCUGAUAUUUUGACAGAACAAGAAUCGCACGAAGCGAAUAAAACUAUUAGUUGUACUAAAGCAGCAAUCGUUGACAAAGAUGGGUAUAGAUCGGAUGUCACACCAACUAAACAUAAUCGUAGAUUUAGUACAGAUUUUAAGGAGCAAAGUUGUGCAGAAAAGUUGAAGAAAGAUAGUGAUGCCAGCGCAUUAGAUUUAUCAUAUAGAGAGUUCAUGAGAGAUGUGAGUAGUCCUAAAAUUCCAUUGUCUCACGUAGAUGAGAAACGGCAUAAAAAGGAGAAUGCUGCAGAAUAUCGCGAAUCAAAUGUUAAAACAAAGUCUUCCACUCCGGAUAAACUCUUGACGAUCUAUAAAGAAAUUGAAGAGAUGCACAAGAAGCAGAUGAUGGAAUUGGUAUAUCGUCAGCGAAAGGAGCAAUCGCUACUGCAAGCGGAGUUUCAAAAGCAGCAGAUGCUCUUGUUAGCUGAAAUAAGAAAGUGCGCUUCCGGAGUACCACGUCAAGCAAAUUCGUCGACUGCCGUAUUGAAUCGAUCUUCAUCGAACGAUGAAACGAGUCACGAGGCGAGACAGCAUUCGAACGUUAACUCUCCUGGCAAUAUGCAUACGGAAACGCAUCGUAAUGUUAAAUUACCUUUGACGAACCGAAUGAUCGUAUGUCCACUGGAUUAUCUUCCCUCGAAAAAUUUAUAUCUGCUUAAACAUCAAUCCGCAGACAAUUCUCCGGCGAUUCUUGAUAUUGAUUUUACGAAAAAAGUGAGUUUAUGCGAUAACACAUAUAAUAAUAAUAAUAACAAUAACAAUAAUAACGGUAAUAAUGAUAAUAAUGACGAUAACAGCACUUGCGAGUCACGCAAUCUUAUUGUAUAUAAGAAUUCCAAUGUGAGUCGGCAGUUAUUUCCUUUAGACAGUAAUACUAGGCAUGUACCGGUGCUAAACACCACGGUAUAUCUCGAGAAACAUGUACGAGCGGUAAAUAUUAUCAACGCUUACGCACGUGGUUACCUAGUGCGUAGAUUAAUGCAGACGGAACGCGUUAUUAUGCUGAAAAAGAUAUACAAGGAGGCGUUGCAAUGUAUGCUUAAGUUACACGUUGACGCUCCCUUAAACUCGGCAGAAGUGGACUUUCUUCAUCGUCUCCAGUUGCAGUGUGACGCCGCAUCUAUGAAUAUAGUAGAGUUAUUCGCUCAGUCGCCAACGAAGAGAAUGAAAGUAAUCGCGCAGGAUCGCGAUAUUAAGGAGUCUAGAUCCGAACGGCCUACCUCUGCUCGAUCGUACUCGUUUGCUACUCAGAAGACUUUAGCCAGAAAGAACAUAAAAGAAUUUGAGUCCACAAUGGCCAAAUAUCAACGACCAUUGGUCGUUAAAAGGAAUUUAAUUAGGUCUAGGUGUCAAUCGUGGACUUCGGACAUGAAAGACAGACUCGUGUCAUCGAAUGCAUUGCAUCAAGGUAUCAGAAGAAGCACGAGCACGGGAGCUGUACGGAAGCCGUGGCGAUGACGAGACAAAGUGCCUUACGACGUUUGAUUAAACGACACGCCAAUUUUACUGUUAGCCAAAUACAACAAUUAUAUUGUUUUAGAGCGCUUCUCAUUAGUCUUUUAAAAACGCACUAGUGUCUGAUUUUUCUGAUAAAUUUAUUUUGUAUGUCGCAUUUCUUGACUGAGACACGAUACUCGACUGUGAUACGUGUAUAUCCAACAUAUAUCCUUCCUAUUUUCAAAUGAUCAAAGCUAAAACAAAGAUUUAUUGCACAAGGACAAAGUAUACAGGCAAUAAAUUGAUUUUAUUGUCGCAAGAAAUUAAUUAUAUAUGGAGACAUUCCUCUCUAAAAGAAGUAAUAAAGAAGAGCUGUUUUUUUUUUAA